AUGAAAGGGGAAAUUAAAGAAAGUGCUUACCAGGUUUUGGGAGAGGAGAGAAGAAAAGCAAGAAGACCUUGGAUUACUAAAGAAGUGUUGGAGAAAAUGGAUGAAAGGAGAAGAUGGAAAAGCGCAAAUACAUUAGAUGCUAAAGAAAAAUAUAGAACAAUCGAUAAACAAGUGAAAAGUAUGGCAAGAAAAGCUAAGGAAGAUUGGCUAGACAGAAUCUGUCAUGAAUUAGAAGAACAUGAAGUGUCUCAAGAUCUGAGAAAGGUCUAUCAAAACAUUAAUUUAAUCUCAGGAAAAAAAAGAAGAGUAAAAAUUGGGGCAAUAAAGGAUGAGAAUGGAGAAAUUUUAAUGCAGAAGGAAAGGCAAUUAGUAAGAUGGAAUGAAUAUUUGACAAAACUUUAUAAAACAGAGGAUAACAUGGAAUGUAAACUGGAAGAGGAAUAUGACGAUGAUGAAACCCCUAAAUUUCUGGAGGAUGAAGUUGAGGCAGCCUUGAAAAAAUUGAAGAAUAAGAAGGCACCUGGAAUUGAUGGCUUGCAUGGAGAAUUGCUUAAGUCAAUGGGUUUUGAGGGAAGAAGGAUUAUAAGUCAUGUUCUUAAUAAAAUUCUUGCAGAACAACAACUACCCACAGACUUUACUAAUUUAAUAUUUAUACCUAUACCCAAGAUAGCAGGAACACUGGAAUGCGACAAACAUAGAAUAAUAAGUUUAAUAAGCCAUAUGUCAAAAGUUUUAACUAAUACUAUCUAUAGAAGAAUAGAACCGAAAAUUGAAGCAGAACUAAAUGAUACACAAUUUGGUUUUAGAAAGAACAAAGGAACUAGAGAGGCCAUUACAUUAAUUAGGCUUAUUGGAGAAAAAAUGAUUGAAAAAAACAGAGAUCUUUAUCUGUGCUUUGUGGACUAUGAAAAGGCUGAGUGGAUGAUGCGAGAAGCACUUGAGGAUUUUAACGAAGGAGUGAAAAUCAAUGGAUGCUUAAUAAACAACAUAAGAUACGCUGACGACAUAGUCCUGCUGAGUGAAAGUAAAGAGGGAUUACAGAAAAUUCUGAAUCGACUGUUCAAAACUGGAUUGGAGAAAUUCCAUAUGAAAAUAAAUGAAAAGAAGACAAAAGUAAUGAAGGUUUCAAAGAAGGAAGAUAUGGAGGAAUUCCAGAUCAUUCUGGGAAAUAAGGAACUUGAAAGGGUUAAAAAGUUUGAAUACCUGGGAAGCUGGAUAACAAGUGAUAAUAGAUGUAAAAUGGAAAUUAAAAGCAGAAUUAAUAAAGCAAAAGCUGCCUUUUAUCAGAUCUAUCAUAUAUUAACAAACAGAGGCCUUAACAUAAAACUGAAAAUAAAAAUCCUAAGGACAAUGAUCUGGAGUGUACUAACAUACGGAUGUGAGGCAUGGACUCUUACGCAUGAAAUGAUGGAAAGAAUUAACUCAUUUGAAAUGUGGUGCUUGAGAAAGAUGCAAAGAAUAAGUUGGACGGAGAAAAUAACAAAUGAGGAAGUUUUGGACAGGCUGGGCUUGAGGAGAAAACUGCUUAUAAAUAUCCAAAAAAGAAAGGUACGAUAUGCUGGACAUUUGGCUAGAGGAUCAGGAGGACAACUACUAAAGACGGUGAUUGAGGGACUGGUGGAGGGGACAAGACCUAGAGGAAGGCCCCGAAAGACUUGA